CACAAUAUCCAACCGAACCGAACACACUCUCCCAUUUAAGGUUUAAAAAAUCUUAAAAAAUAGAUUCCUCGGUGAAAGUAUGACACGCUCUUUUCGACUAGACCACGCGCCACCCGUCCCUUUAGCUUCCCGCCUUUUGUCCUCUCUCUCUCUCUCUCUAGGCGCCUGAUCUGAGGGGUUUUGGGCUGUAUGAGUCGGUAGCCGUCGAUGAUAACAGAAUGGGCGGAGUCACGUCUUCAAUCGCCGCCAAGUUUGCCUUCUUCCCACCGAGCCCUCCAUCAUACACUGUGAUAGAGGACGACACGCGUGGCGACCGAUUUUAUAUUCCCGAGGCCCCGAGGAGGGACGGCGUCAACGUGGAUGUCCUCAAGCUCCGGAACCGUAAAGGAAACGACAUCGUGGCCGUCCACGUCGAGAAUCACAAGGCAUCGGCCACUCUGCUCUACUCCCACGGCAAUGCCGCUGAUUUGGGACAGCUGUUCGAGCUCUUUGUCGAACUCAGCAUUCGGCUUCGCGUCAAUCUCAUGGGGUAUGAUUACUCUGGCUAUGGACAAUCAACUGGGAAGCCAUCUGAAUGUAAUACAUAUGCAGACAUUGAUGCAGCAUAUAAAUGCCUCAAGGAGAAGUAUGGUGUUAAAGAUGAACAAUUAGUAUUAUAUGGUCAGUCUGUCGGUAGUGGGCCCACACUUGAUCUUGCUUCAAGAAUACCAAAGUUAAGUGGAGUAGUUUUGCAUAGCCCAAUUCUGUCUGGGCUGAGAGUAUUGUACCCAGUUAAACGGACAUACUGGUUUGAUAUCUUUAAGAAUAUAGACAAAAUUGGUAUGGUGAGCUGUCCUGUUCUCGUUAUACAUGGGACUACAGAUGAAGUGGUGGAUUGGUCCCAUGGGAAGCAGCUUUGGGAGCUUUCGAAGGAAAAGUUCGAACCACUGUGGUUGAGUGGAGGUGGACAUUGCAACCUUGAGCUUUACCCGGAGUUCAUCAGACAUCUGAAGAAGUUUGUACGGGCAGUUGCCAAAAUGAAAGCAACCACAAAUGGUUCUCAUAAAACUGCAGUAGAAUCUGAUGCUCAGAGCAGACCAUCGGAAACUGGAACUACAGAUAAAUUUGAAUUGGGCCCGGAUCUCCAAGAAGCUUCUAGAAACAGUUUAGAUAGCCGACUCGAGAAGCCUAGAAAGUCAAACAAGCCUGAAAAGUCUCGCAUGAGCACUGACCUUGUUGACAGGUUUAGAAGAAAGGGCUUAGUCUGGUGACUAAUUUAGACGCACAGGCUCACAGCAAUUAAAUAAAUAAUGGAGCUAAAUUCUAAUAUAUACCUGGGAAGGUAAUUUAUUCUCAAUCCCGAUUAUGUAAUGAUGUUUCCAUUCUAAUAUGGAAUAUAAUCAAGGUGAGAGUGUUCCUUCAAGUAAAUAGGUAUAUUUUUUCAAAAAAAUACCUGUAUAUUUGCUCAUAAAUGGAGACGAAUCAUGCAAAUUUGAAUUCUUUUUGUCUUUUAUAACAUCAACAGCUUCUUUUGAACGCUAAAA